AUGGUAAAAAAUGGAUGUGCUGCUCUGCAGGAUAAAUAUCCUCAGUGGAUGCUUACACAAAGCCAGGAGGAAGCUGUGGAGGGUAAAAAGAAGCCUGUUAUCCAGAGGAGUGUUUUGGAGGAUGGGCUGCCAUUCCUGGAAUUCUGUGGCUCUGUUGUGUACAGCUAUGAAGCAAGUGACUGUUCCCUUCUCUCAGAAGAUAUCAGGCAGAGUUUACCCCAUGGGGCUGCUGUUGGAUUUGAUAUUGAGUGGCCACCAUCAUACACCAAAGGGAAAAUGGCCAAAACUGCUGUGAUCCAGGUCUGUGUCGCUGAGGACAAGUGUUACUUAUUUCACAUCUCUUCAAUGGCAGGUUUCCCCAAGGGACUCCAAAAGCUGUUGGAAGAUGAAACAAUUCAAAAGGUUGGCGUAGGAAUUGAGGGAGAUCAAUGGAAGCUGCUGAGUGACUUUGAAAUCCAACUGAAGAGCUUUGUGGAGCUGGCUGACAUUGCUAAUGAGAAGCUGAAGUGUAAGGAGAUGUGGAGCCUGAAUGGUCUGGUCAAACACCUUUUUGGCAAGCAGCUGCUGAAGGACAAGUCUGUGCGCUGUAGCAACUGGGAAGACUUUCCACUCAGUGAGGAGCAGAAGCUCUAUGCAGCCACAGAUGCCUAUGCUGGCUACAUCAUCUAUAAAAAAUUGAAAAACAUGAAUAACAGUGACCAGAAAUUAUUUUGUGUGAGGAAAGGUGCCAUGUUGUCGACGGGUUUGAAGGAGCACUUGACUUCACUGGCUCAAGAGAUAACAAACUUGGCUUCUCAUGUCCCUGACUCUUUUGGACAACUGGAAGACUUGCAGAGGGCUGCAGAAAUAGUAGCUGAGAUAUCAGAGAACAUAAAUGCCUUAAGAAGCACAUUGUUGGGUUCAGGUUCCCCUUCUGCACUGGAGAGGAGCUGUGGUGCAACUCCAACAGAUUUUGAAGCCAAGUCAGCAUGUGCUGGAGCACAAAAAGCCAAAUGUGCUGAACAACCUGAAGGUGACUUCAACAUCUGCUCUGAUGCUACACUGGCUGCACUCUGGGAAGGAGAAAUUCAUGAGGAGGAGGCAGAGGGAGGCAACACUGCUGGGGAAAAUGUGGCUGCAGAGAGAGAUGACUUCAUGUCACUGGACAUUACUGAGCAAGAACUUCAGGUCUUGGAACUUCAGGCUGCAAAUGAGUUGGGCAACGAGGCUGUGCCUGAGUCAUCUUCCACAGACAAUGAACAAAAUAUGUCCCGUGUCAUUGAGAGUGAUGAAGAGCUGGAAAUGGAGAUGCUGAAAUCUUUAGAAGAUGUAGAUGAUUCUGAAGGAGCUGCAACCGAAAGAGAGUCCACUAAAGACAGGAGAACUCCUGACACAGAUGUGAAUGUUGUACCAGAUGGUGAUGAAGAUGAAGGCAUUGAGGAAGAAGAGGAGGAAUAUUUUGAUCCAUCACUGCCAGAACCCAGUGAAAGCCACAUCACGUGUCUGAAGACCUAUUUUGGGCAUUCUUCUUUCAAACCGGUCCAGUGGAAAGUGAUCAAUUCUCUCUUAGAAGACAGAAGAGAUAAUCUUGUUGUUAUGGCAACUGGCUAUGGAAAAAGCCUAUGCUACCAGUUUCCUCCUGUUUAUACUGGACACACAGGAGUUGUCAUCUGCCCUCUUAUCUCCUUGAUGGAGGACCAGGUGCUGCAGCUGACGAUGUCAGGGAUUCCAGCUUGUUUCCUUGGUUCGGCUCAGUCAAAAGAGGUCAAAGAGAGCAUCAAAGGGGGUCAGUACAGAGUUAUAUACAUGACUCCAGAGUUUUGUUCAGGGAACUUAAAGUUACUUCAGGAUCUUAACCAAACUGUUGGCAUCACCCUCAUAGCUGUGGAUGAAGCUCACUGCAUCUCUGAGUGGGGCCAUGACUUCAGGAACUCCUUCAGGAGUUUGGGCUCGUUAAAGAAGGCUCUGCCAUCGGUUCCCAUUGUGGCUUUAACUGCAACUGCAAGUCCCUCAAUCAGAGAUGACAUAGUGAAAUGCCUGACCCUGAGGAAUCCCCAAGUCAUGUGUACUAGUUUUGACAGACCUAACCUGUACUUAGAGGUUGGACAGCAAAGUGGAGAUAUCCUUAGGGAUUUGAAGCAAUUCCUAACUAGGAAAGGCUGCAGUUCUGUGUAUGAGUUUGAAGGCCCCACUAUCAUCUACUGCCCUACAAGAAAGGCCACUGAGCAGGUGGUGUCUGAACUGAACAAACUCAAUGUGGCCUGUGGUACCUACCAUGCUGGAAUGGGGACCAAGCAAAGGAGAGACACCCAUCACCAGUUCAUGAGGGAUGAAAUUCAGUGUGUUGUGGCCACAGUGGCAUUUGGAAUGGGCAUCAACAAGGCAGAUAUCAGGAUGGUUAUUCACUAUGGUGCUCCAAAGGAAAUGGAAUCCUAUUACCAAGAGAUUGGGAGAGCUGGGCGUGAUGGGCUUCCUGCUUCCUGUCAUGUCUUGUGGGCUGCAGCAGACUUGGCUUGUAACAGACGUCUCCUCAACGAGAUCUGCAACCAGAACUUCAGGCUAUAUAAGCUGAAAAUGUUGGCAAAAAUGGAGAACUACCUUGUGUCCAGUGGCUGCAGGAGGAAAAUCAUCCUGUCUCAUUUUGAAGACAAACAGCUGCGAAAGGUUUCCUCUGGUAUCAUGGGCACAGAGGAAUGCUGCGAUAAUUGCAGGGCCAGAAGCUCCUGCCCUGCAGUCCCCAGUGAGCCUGAAGGUGGGUUGCAGGACUUUGGGAAGCAGUGCCAUCAGCUGCUGUCUGCAGUGAGUGCCCUGGAGGAGAAGUUUGGCACUAAAAUGCCCAUUCUGUUUCUCAGAGGAUCUACCUCUCAGCGCCUGCCUCAGCGGUACCGGCGACACCCUCUCUUUGGCACUGGGAAAGAAUGGCCAGAGAACUGGUGGAAACUGCUCUGCCAGCAGCUGAUCUUAGAAGGAUUCCUCAAAGAAGUCCCAGGGCAUAACAACAAGUUUUCAACCACUUGUGUGCUCACCCAGAAGGGUAGGAACUGGCUGUUGAAUGCUGAAUCUGCCUCAAAUCCAAGUCUUCUGUUACAGUCCAGUGAAGACCUUAAUCUACAGAGACCUUCUAGAAGCAGUAGACCUUUACCUGUGGCCUCCACACAGCGUUCUCCAGACAUCAAAGGAACAACUCAGUCCCCAGUCAGGCAGAUGUCUCUGUAUGAGAUGUUUUCAUAUGAGAAAAGCUAUAAAACUCCUCCAAGAAGCAAUAACAUGCUUAACAGUGUUGCAGGGCGUUCGCCACUGAAAUCUCCUUGGAAGCCCCAAGAAUCAGCUGUUUCAUCCCGAGAAAAAGAACUAGAGACUGCUCUGUAUGGCAAGCUGCUGACUGCUAGACAGAAGGUAGCUAAUGAGAAGGAAAUUCCUCCAGCUGUCUUGGCAACCAACAAGAUCCUGGUGGAUAUGGCCCGGAUAAGGCCUACAAGUGUGGAGAAUGUGAAGAAAAUUGAUGGUGUAUCUAAAGCCAAAUCCAAUAUGCUGAUGCCUCUCCUGGCUGAAAUUAAGGACUUCUGUCAAGCAAAUGGUUUGCAGACAGACACAUUUCCCACAUCUGCAUCCAGAGAUCAGAAAGAAGCAUCUCCCCUCAAGUGUGCUAGAGCCCUUUCUCCCUCAGAGGAUGUCACAUACACCCUGUUCCAGGAGAAAAAUCUCUCUAUGAGGGCUAUAAGUGAGAGCAGAUCUCUUCCUCUUUCUGUGGUUGGCACUCAUCUGGUCCAGGCCCUGAAAGCUGGUUACCCUGUCAGCCUGGAGAGAGCAGGUUUGUCUGCUGAAGUUCAACAGAUCAUUGCUGAUGUUAUCCAUAAUCCUCCCAUUGACUCAGACACCACCAAAAUUCAAGCAAUUAGAAAACUUGUUCCUGCACAUAUUGAGCUGUAUCUCAUCAAGAUGAUGAUUGCAGUAUUGGAGAAAGAGGCUAGAAAGAAGUCUCAGGAUGGCUUAGGCAUGAAAAGGAGAUUGAUAUGGCCAGAAGGGCAGCAGGAAAAACGAAGAGCGGAUGAAGCAAGCAGGGAAGGUGCCUUGUGGAAUAAAACACAGGCUGUAGGGAGCGUGGAUGCUAGCCAGGCACGGAGCAGAGGGGCAGCAGGCAGCACUGCCCUGGCCUCCUACAACCAGCCUGCCCUCGAUCCCGAGGAGGAGGAGCUGUUUGGUGACUCUCAGCCUAAGAGCUCUGCCCGGAUGGUUUAA